AUGUUACAUUUAAAGUAUCAAAUUAUUUCAGAUAAUAUUAAGAUUAAAUCUACAACACCAACUUUAUUUCAAGUUAAACCAAGUGUUGGACUUAUCAACUCUAAUUAAACUUAAAUUAUCUAAAUAUCUACAAAUCAACCUAUAUAAUAUGACACUAAAUUAGAUCCUAAAUUUUAAAUUAAUGCUUGUUGUAUUGAUUCUCAAGAUUUAGGUAAUCUAAAAACAUCUAAAAUAAUUAGAUCUUAUCUAAAUUUGGAAAAAACAAAGGUUAAUCUAAAAUUUAAUCAUAAUAAAUUAAAAGCAGAAUCAAAUAAAAUAUUUAACAAGAUGUCUAAUCUCAUUUACAAUUUCAUGAUUCUAAAUUAUGGAAUCAAUCUAAAAUUUUUACUUCAUUUAUUAAACCAAAAACAGAAAAGGAUGAUUAAAUCAAAUAUUAUUAAGAUUAAUAUGAAAAUCUUGUAAUUAUUUAUAUUAUCUAAUCAUAUAGUAACAAGAAUAUUAAGAAUUAAAAAAAAAAUAGAAUUACAAACUUAAUAAGAAUAAUUUAAAAAAUGUAAUUAAAAUUUUCUUUAAUCAUAGAAAAUAACAAUUUGAAUCUCUUUUAAUUAUCCUUUGCAGUUUCGAUAGCUUUAAUUGUAGGUUAUUUGAUAAGAAAAUGA